GCGGUUAAGACGUGAAACUACAGUAACUCACAGGUGGAAAGCAGCGCGUCAGCCAGCCCUCCUCUCUCCUCCUCUCUCCUCCUCUCUCCUCCGCUCCUCUGAUCUCCUCCUCCGUCCGCUGCCAGGGAGGCGGGCACAAACACCAGGGGGGAAAAAGCUCACGACUCCCCACCAGAAUAACCAAAAUCUUCUGACUUGAGCUACAAAUUACGCAGAUCUGAAAGGACGCGCGUACAGAGGAAGUCUUAGUAAAAGGAUUCUUCUCCUCUCCUCGGUGUCCUCCUGUUGGACCCGACCAGCGGAUCGGCGAGCCGAUGAAACACUUCGGCUUUACUGCGUCCCAGCGAAGGAACCUUGCGAAACGUCACGGUCAUAUAUCUCCGCGCUGACAUUUUGGGUCGUGCGCGCUUUUCAGCUGUGAAAUGCCUCACUUUCGCUCGCGAUUCUAGCCCAUUUGGCGCGUGGCUGUUGGAUCAAAAAUGUUUCUCCAUCUGCCCGCAUGAGGGAUGGCGACCAGACCGCGCCAGGUCCCACAGUGGCUUUCCUCACGCUCACGUGCGUUCGGGUGGAUAAUGACCAUUUCUGCCACAGGUGAAUGAACAUCGGCUCAGGUUCCCGUAAAACAGCGAGUGUUUUGAAGCCGUUCUUUUUUUAUUGUAACAUUCAGAUCGCGCUUGUUGCACGGUGACAAUGGAUCUCAAAGUAGAAGCCGAAGAGAUGGACACGAACCAACCUCCGCCCCUAGAAGUUUUUGCGCACAGCUCCACUCUGCACGGAAUCUCUCACAUUUUCACGUACGAGCGCUUCUGCGUCAAACGCUGCCUGUGGAUCGUGUGUUUCCUGGGCUCCCUGACCUUCUUGCUGUUGCUGUGCGUGGACCGCAUCCACUUCUACUUCGAGUACCCGCACGUCACCAAACUGGACGAGGUCACGACCCCGAUCAUGACGUUCCCCGCGGUCACCUUCUGCAACCUGAACGCGUUUCGGUUCAGCCGCGUGACGCGCAAUGACCUGUACCACGCGGGGGAGCUGCUGGCCCUGCUCAACCAGAGGUACGAAAUCAGGGACAUACAUCUUGUGGAGGAGAGUGUCCUGGAGAGUCUGAAGGUCAAAGCCGAUUUUCACAACUUCAAGCCGCGGCCAUUCAACAUGCGGGAAUUCUACGACCGGACCGGCCACGACAUCAACGACAUGCUGCUGGCCUGCCACUUUCACGGCACGGAGUGCCGAGCGGAGGACUUCAAAGUGGUCUUCACUCGCUACGGGAAGUGUUACACCUUUAACGCCGGCGGCGAUGGACGCCCCCCUCUCUUCACCACCAAGGGCGGGAUGGGGAACGGGCUGGAGCUCAUGCUGGACAUUCAGCAGGAUGAAUACCUGCCCAUCUGGGGAGAAACCGAUGAGACUUCAUUUGAAGCCGGGGUCAAAGUUCAGAUCCACAGUCAGGACGAGCCGUCCUUCAUUGACCAGCUGGGGUUCGGCGUGGCGCCCGGCUUCCAGACGUUUGUUUCCUGUCAGGAGCAGAGGCUGAUAUAUCUCCCUCCUCCCUGGGGAGACUGCAAGGUGACGGCGAUGGAUUCAGACUUCUUUGACAGUUACAGCAUCACAGCUUGUCGUAUCGACUGCGAAACCCGCUACCUGGUGGACAACUGCAACUGUCGCAUGGUACACAUGCCCGGCGAUGCUCCCUACUGCACCCCGGAGCUGUACAAAGAAUGUGCCGACCCGGCUCUGGACUUCCUGGUGGAGAGAGACAAUGAUUUCUGUGUGUGCGAGACGCCGUGCAACAUGACCCGAUACAGCAAGGAGCUGUCCUUCGUCAAGAUCCCCAGCAAGGCCUCUGCUAAGUACCUGGCAAAGAAAUACAACAAAUCUGAGCAGUAUAUCAAAGAGAACAUUCUGGUUUUAGACAUCUUUUUUGAGGCUCUGAACUACGAAACUAUUGAACAGAAGAAAGCUUAUGAAGUGGCUGGACUUUUAGGUACAUUAGUUUUACUAGCAUUCUCUGUCUUUAGGGUCGAUUACCCUUUUAUCAGCUUGAACUUUAUUAUUGCAGGUGAUAUUGGUGGCCAGAUGGGACUUUUUAUCGGAGCAAGCAUACUCACCAUUCUUGAGCUGUUUGACUACCUUUAUGAGGUGAUAAAAUACAAGUUGUGCCGCUGCUCCGACAAGAAGCACAAACACAGCAACAACAACAACAACAACGACCAGGGAACGGUCUUGAGCCUGGACGACGUCAAGUGUCACGUCGGUAACUUUCAUUGAGGCUUCCAUUGCCGUUUUCCAAGAGCGACCGGAUGAAAAAACCUCUGGACUGUGCCUGGUGCGGCUUGUGAGUGCAACGCGUGGCGGACGGACAGACAGACGCGACGUGUUGUGAUAAAUUAGAGAAAAGUGGGACUAACUGCAUGGUCUUCUGCAAACAGCUUCUCGGGCCGAUGGGAGCAUGAACUGAGCUGAGGUGCGUGUGUGGGUUUCGGGGCCCGUUUGUCAUCUGUCAAUCUGGAGGAGCUCUUUGUAAAAUAAUCAAUGUGAAAGAUGGGUUUUUUUUGUUGCCGUAUUUGCAUGUGAGUGCUGCACAUUCUGUACAUAGUAUUUUGCUUUCAUCACUCUUGUUCCAGACUUGUUACUCUUCCUUUCAACUAACUUUUCAUUGUUAUAUUCAUGUUACUCAACCUCAUUUCAUGGCCGGCGUCUUUCCUUGUUAAAACCGGAACAUUUUGCGAUGGAACUGUUCUACCUCAUCUUGCAGGGCGACAGCGCCCUUAAGAAUUUACAAACCAAGCAAAUUAAUGACAAAAAGGUGAUUUCUACCUACAGAAAUAAGCAGAAGAAAGUCUGUCGUUCAGGCAACACUGUGUAACAUUUUCUUAGCAGUCUUUUUAACAGAAGACAUUUUGACGUUGACACAGUAGGAAAAUCCCAGUCGUAUAUACAGUUUAGCUUAGCACAGCGAGUGGAAUCAGGUGGAAAACAACUAGCCAGUUAGCAACAAAUUCGAACAAAACCCAUCCCCAAAAAGUACAUCACAGAUGUAGUUUUUGCCACCUAUAGAAUUAUAUCACCUUUAGACAGAACCAGGCUAGCUUUUCCCCUUUGUUUCCAGUCACUAUGCUAAGCUAAGCUAUCUCACGGCGAAUCCCACUUUUCCCACAGCGCUGAAACACAUACUCUAACAUGACAAAGAGAAGGCUGGAUACACAGCAACAAAAGGUACACACACACACAGGUUUACAACCAAGUGCUAAAUAAUGAAGGGUUCGCCUUCAGAUUCCCUCUCAAUGACAAUCGCUGUUGGGAAAUAAAAAAAUGUGUAUUUCCUGACAUUAAUCUGAGGUAGGGUCUUACAUUCUUACAUGUGGAAGCUGUUCAUUACCUUUUUAGGGAGUCUCCCUUCGGUGUUUGUUAUCAUGGCAAGAAAUGACUAAUGCGUAUAAAUAUGUUGAAUGUGUUUGGCCAUCUUCUGGGGCUCUGAGUUGCAUGUAGCCCUGUACAUUAGUGGUCUUAAAACCUGGUCCAUUGAUGAACAAGUUUAGCUGCAGAUUACGCCAUCAAACCAUCACUAUGUUUGGUUGGAUGUGAAUUUAUUUAUUUAUUUUUUACUUGUGCGCGUGUUUUUAACCACGCUGCCAGCCGCCUGCCGGGGCUUCAUCAGCCGAAAAAGAGAACAUCUGAACACUGUGUCAUCGGUCAGUAAACACGUCGGCUCGGUACCUUUUCUGUUCUAACUAUGUUUACAAAAAUCUUCCUCUGGCGUUGAUACACUUGCUCUCAUUCCCAUUGAGGUAAAUGUAGCUGUGUAGUGUUAUUAUCAAGCACAAUCAUGCCAUCAGCCGCAGUGUCAUGUAAAUAUUGGAUAAUAAUCUCAUUGUAAUUUACGAUAAUCUGAUCUGUGUAACGUUGUACUCGUGGUAUUUAUUUAAUCCAGACUGUUGCGUCACUCUUUUCCUGUAUAUAUGAUUGUAGGUUUGUUUAUUAGAAGUUUAUGCAACAGAUAUUAAAGUAUAAGGCUAUUUCUAUUCCUUCUAUGUUUGUAUUGCUACGUUCACAGCUGCUUCAAAUGUAUCGUCAGUAAAUAAAAAUGAACAGCUGGAUUGUUGCAUCCACUGCAUGAGGUCAUGUAUCUCAAUAAAACUCCUCGUUAGACAUACUAAAGGAUGAUUAUUUUAGUCUGGUGAUGUAUGAAAUACUGUAGCCUUGAAGCAAUUGUUAUAUUAAAGAUGAAAUGUCAAAUUUAUGUUUUGGUUCAGUUUUCUGUACAGAUUUUCUGACUAUUUCUUAACGAGAUGAUCCAAUGUGGUUGCUUUGGUGAUCUACACACUUUUCCUCUUGUGCCACCAAGUUAAUGUUUGUAAAUUUGAGUAAAAUAAAUUGCAAUUUAGUUCCUGCAUUCCUGUUACUC